AGCUCGUCGUGCUUCCUGCCUUGCUGAGGGAGGGGACGGUGCUGACGGCUGGUAGGACGAACGGAGAGCCAAGAAAGCUUUCGGGAAGCUGUAAAAAAGUGGGGAACGGCCCGGGUUUCCACCGUCCGUCGGGAGAUAAGCACCACAGUUUUCUGUAGCUGCUGGAUUUGUCACCGAACAGGCGCCGAAAAAAUGUCGACCAGUCGUCAGCUUAGCGAGAGCAGGGCCAUCCCGACCAGGACGGUGUUGAUCAACGACACAACGCAGCUACCUCAUGACUACUGUACCACCCCUGGAGGCACUUUAUUUUCCACCACUCCUGGAGGAACCCGGAUCAUUUACGACCGCAAGUUUCUGCUGGACAGGCGGAAUUCUCCCAUCGCUCAGACUCCUCCUGCACAUCUGCCUGUCAUCCCUGGAGUGACCAGCCAACAUAUCCUGAGUGAGAACAAGAAGAACGAAGCCAACAACCACAUCAACAACCAUGAUGGCAAACCCACUACAGGUGACGACGCCCAGUUUGAAAUGGACAUCUAACCGCCUGGAGCCACACCAGCAUAAGAAAAUAACCUGGCACUGUGUGUGUCAGUGGCUUGGCUUGUAGAAACCAAUGUUUUGAGCCCUCAUGGCAGCCAUCUUUGUUAGCUCUUUGUCUCACUGCUGGAUGUAAUGUUUGUAAACCCCAGGGCGAUUUGGUAUACCUUACAUGCACAUACAGAGCGGCAACGUUCGAAAACUAGGGUUAUCUUUGUAACAAUGGAUCGCAGUCGAAUUUCAAACAUUUUCAUUAAAAGGGACCCGAAUAUUUUGCACCCAAAAAUUAAUUAGUUUUAGUGCUCAUUUUACAGCUUUCUGUGAGACCAAACUGGAAAAAAAAACUAAUUUGAGCAAGAAUUGGUACUUUUUUUUUUUUAAUUUGGAAUCAUUUUAAAAAAGUUUGAUAUUUUUCCGACUUUGAUUUUAAAGACUUCUGGGGUUUUUUGGGUUUUUUUUAAACUACUCCAAUAACUCCAGGAUCCAUAACCACUUGGACCGCUUUGAUUCCAGUAACGGUACCUGAAGAAAUGCUGUAUUAUUCUUGUUUUUCUAUUAGGAAAGGACCUAACACCAUUCCAAGAUUUUAGUCCCAAAUUUCCCAACAUUUUGCUGCAAUAUUUCAUUUGUAAGCCUCCAGGAAGAAAUGCUUAAAAACAAAUUUAGGGGAAAAUUAAACAGAUAUAAAUCAUCAGAUAAUUGAAUAUCAAAUGAAGCAUAGACAUAAGUAGCUUAAAAUAUUUCUUGGAAUUUAAUUUCAGCAAAGUACAAUAAUAUCAAGUAACUUAAGUCGACAAAGAUAAACACCGCCCUUUUCUCAGAUUUGUUAUAAUAGCUAAUAAGCUUAAGGAGGAGGCGGUAUAUGGAUGAACAUGACCGGUGUUUUUAAAUAUCCAGACGUCAGAGUGGUUAAUAUCCCUAUGUACUUGGGAUACAACAAAAUCCAUUUUAAAACUUGAAUAAAUGUAAAUGUUUUUUAAACAUUUAUUAUUAUAUUUGAAUACAAUUUUAGUAUUAAGGCUUUGCCGGGGCAUUCACUCUGUCCAAGCCUUUUACAUUUCAUGUCAAUGAAGCGGAUAACCGUGUGUGCAUUGGGCUUGAUAGAUGCUCUCCAUAAACUGAUCUGACAUUAAUAUUCUUAUUUCCAUGCAUCUUGCCUGCCCAUGCCUUAUUUAACAUGAAAUGCAGUGACUAGUUUCCUUGCCAUCUAUUUGUAUUUUCUGACAGAUGUUUAUUUUUUCACAGUAGCGUUAAAACAAGUUAUAUUUUGCUUGGUCAGUGGGCAAAAGGUAUUUUAUUUUCUUGACGAUUUUCUGACUCGGAUUGGUAUAAGGUUUGGAAGCGUGAGUGUGCAUGUGAGGCUGAUGUUUUACAUGACAACAAGGUAAAAGUGCCACUCACUCAUUUUAAUCCAAUGUUUAGUUUAUUUGUUUUAUUCCAAAGCUCUCUCUGCUAUUUGGCAAACAAGUAAUCAUGUUUUUCAUUCAAUUUUCUUUCUCUGUUUGACAGGAGCCACUGACUGAUGUUUGUCAAAUAUUAUUUUUAAUUUCUUUUAGCUUUGUAAUGACAUUUGGCAAAGUCUGGUGAAAAUUUCAUCCACAGGUUGCUUAAAAUUAUGUUUGCAUCGCACGUUUUAUCCGACAAGUCUUUAUAUUAAGGUAUCGUAAUCCAGGUGGCAGAUUCAUUUCCAAUCCAUUUGAUUUGAUGAGGGUUAGACAAUAUGCUUCGAAAGAGAUUGGACACAAACUUACUGUAACCUUCUGUUCAGAUUUAAAAUAACUUUUAUUUCAAAUGAAACUCCAAUGCCAGUGGACACUGUUGCUGCAAGAUCAAUAAAAUUCUGUAACAGA